AUGGCGGCCAGAGCACCAAUGUUACCUCCGGCCAACGAGACGGAGCAUUCCUCCAGCAGGAUUACUCGCGAAGGGAAGCGGAUCACGUAUAAGUUGACCGUCAUGCAGCAACCAGAGCGCGCAAGAGCCUGCGGUGCUGGUGCUAAGUCAUCCGCCGACCGUCGUCCAGUCGAUCCACCGCCCGUUGUGGAACUACGUGUUCUCGAAUCCGAUCCGAACGACGAUGCGCGCAAGACAGAUGUAACUUUCGCGUUCAAUGCCAACUUCUUUCUGUAUGCUACGCUGGAGACCGCUUGCCCUAUCGCGCCCGGCAGAACCUCGGGGAUCCCUACAUGUCCCGUGUUGACUGGUGUUCCUGUGGCCGGUGUCGCAUAUCUGGAUCGCCCGUCCCAGGCUGGUUAUUUCAUCUUCCCCGAUCUGUCCGUUCGCCGCGAGGGUCGAUAUCGACUGAGCUUCCAUCUGUACGAGGAGACCAAGGACCCGAAAGAUGCCGAUAAAGAUUCUCUGCCGCCACAAACCUCGUUCUCGUGCACCAAGUCAUCCAAACCACAGCCUCCGCAGACGUACUUGAAUUUCCGCCUCGAUGUAAAGUCGAAACCGUUCACCGUCUAUAGUGCUAAGAAGUUUCCUGGGCUGGCCACCAGUACCUCGCUGAGCCGCAUUAUUGCAGAGCAAGGAUGCCGUGUUCGGAUCAGGCGCGAUGUCCGCAUGAGACGGCGCGGCGAUAACAAGCCAGCAGCUGACGAUUACGAAUAUGAGGAAGAACGGCUGUAUGGUCGAACCAGCAGAUACACCACCCCCGAUACGUAUGCUGCGACUCCAAUUGAACGCCCUCGGUCGACAAGCAAUGGCCCUGUCGAGCAUCCGUUCCCAUAUCCCGUUGACGCUUCACGCCGACCAUCCAUCCCCGAAUAUGGUUACCAUUGCCAGCAGCCCUAUCGACGACAUGCGCCUCCUGUACCGUCUGGCCCACCACCUCCCGUGUCCCAUGCUCAGCAGUCACACCUUAGCUUUGGUUCCGCACCGCCUCCAUACCCGGGUCCCCAGCUAGCACCGGCUCCUCCAUCUGCUGCACCUCAGAUCUCAUACCCGUCGCACCCAUCGUAUAUGCACUCAAGGAACGAUCCAAACGGGUCCGAAUUCGAUUCCGCUUCGGUUGCCUAUCCAUUCGCGUCCCGUCCUCAGGAGUCACCAAGUUACCCGAAAACUGCUCUACCUCCCCUCCUCCUAGAGCCUCCGAAGCCAAUGCAGGUGCAACCCUUCGGUGAGCGGCGCUCUUCCGAUCCAAACGCCUACCAGUCCGCACUCCCGUCACCCGCUUCUCGUUCUCAGACACCCAUAAACAUGAUGCCAUCCCUUCCGCCUCUCAAGACCCUGGCUACCGAUUACCCCGUUAGCCAAACGCAGCCGAUGACCAGCAUCCCCCAGAGUCCCAUUUACGACAUGACUCCGACCAAACGGCCGCUGUACGAUCCGGAGUCGGUCUUGUCUAAGCGUUCCCACACCGAAUUCUUUGGUCAUGAUGAAGAAGUUCUCAAGAAUGGCAUGCGUCCCAGUGGAACAACGUACCCUAGUGUGCGCCAGAAGCAAUCAGGGGCCUGCUACCCGCCCUGGUACAAGGAUACUCGUUCGGAAAUGGAAUACAAACGAGCAAACGGGAAAAUAGCGAUGAAAAUCCACCCAAAUCCAUAG